AUUCAUAAACCUCCCGCGCAACCAAUCAGGACGCUUAUGUUAAUCCCAUUUUCUUUAAACCCGUCGAUAUGCUUCCAACUGGAUUACAGUUAGAAGUGUAUCACAGUCACUGCGCAGGAGAAUUUUGGAGAUGACAAACGGUUUAGUUUACCGAUCUAUGUUUUAUAUGUGCAGAACUCUCGGACCUUUAGCCUAGACUGUUUUGAAACGUAUGUUCUAAGUGACAUCUGAGAAACGCAACAAGGGCGAUUUUGUAUGAUUUAUUGAAGAUUUCAAGUUCAUUCCAACUUCAAAAGAAACACCUAUUUUGGGAAUUGCUUUGGUACUGUCCAUAAUAGCCUACAUCCACCAACACUACCGAAGAUUUUUUUCUACCUUUCCCCGUCCCAUCAUGUCCUCCGGGGAUGAGUCGGAGCAGAGUCGGCGGUUCUGUGUGUUGUCUUGGGAGCAGGUGCAGAGGUUGGACUCCAUCCUCGGAGAGAGCGUCCCUAUUCACGGACGCGGAAACUUCCCGACGCUUUCCGUACAGCCUCGGCAGAUAGUCCAGGUGGUUCGGGCGCGACUGCAGGAGCGUGGUGUGGUGGUCCGAGAUGUGAAGCUGAACGGUUCAGCAGCCAGCUAUGUGCUCCACCAGGACACGGGCCUGGGCUACAAGGACUUGGACCUCAUCUUCGGCCUGAACCGGACUGAUGACAAGACCUUUCGUGUGGUCAAAGACGUGGUCCUGGACAGCCUGGUGGACUUCCUACCUCCGGGGCUCAGCCGUGUCUCGCCCAUGACCCUCAAAGAGGCCUACGUCCAGAAGCUGGUGAAGGUGUGCAACGACACAGACCGCUGGAGCCUGAUCUCCCUCUCCAACAACACGGGGAAGAACGUGGAGCUGAAGUUUGUGGAAUCCCUCCGAAGGCAGUUUGAGUUCAGCGUGGACUCGUUCCAGAUCGGCCUGGACUCACUGCUGCUGUUCGACCGCUGCUCAGAGACGGCCAUGUCCAUGUCUGAGAGCUUCCACCCCACUGUGGUUGGAGAGAGCAUGUACGGGGACUUCCAGGAGGCCCUGGGACACCUCCGCACCAGGACCAUAGCCACGCGCAGCCCCGAGGAGAUCCGGGGAGGAGGACUGCUGAAGUACUGCCACCUGCUAGUGCGGGGGUUUAAACCGGACUCAGAGGCUCAGAUGAAGCUUCUGCAGCGCUAUAUGUGCUCACGCUUCUUCAUCGACUUCCCGGACAUUGGCGAGCAGCAGCGGAAGCUGGAGGCGUAUCUCCAGAACCACUUCAACGGCAUGGAGGACAAGCGCUACGACUGCCUGGUGACGCUGCGGCAUGUGGUGGACGAGAGCACCGUGUGCCUGAUGGGGCACGAGCGCCGCCAGACACUGGCACUGAUCUCGGCACUGGCGCUACGGGCCAUGGCAGAGCAGAACGCCAUCCCGGCCCUGGCUAACAUCACCUGUUACUACCAGCCGGCGCCUUAUGUCAGAGACGUCAACUUCAGUAACUACUACAUAGCGCGGGUCCAGUCGCCCAUGAGUAGCUCUUAUAGUAGCUCUUACCACAGGACAUGGCUGCCUUGUAGCUAAAUGAUGUGGAUCAGUGGAGCGUAAGGGGACUAUGUUGUUUUUUUAAGCUUCUAGUUUCCCAAAUGGUAGCCUAUUCCCUACGUAGUGCACUACUUUAUAUUACCAGGAAACUAUAUAGGGAAUAGGGUGCCAUUGUAGACACACCCUCUGUCUUAUAGUAACGUGAGCUGAGCAGUUCGAUAGAGUGCUUUGUUCAGUCCACCUGUAGCAAAAUGGCUUCUUGUGGGAGACUUGAGGACAGUCCACUGAGGACCAAAAAAGGAAAAAUUGUAUUGUAUCUUUUUGCCAAAUCUUCAGCUGCAACCCAUCCCACUAAAUUAUAUCAAUGAAUACUGCUGUAAAUCUGAUUUGAGCCGUUGUUAUGAUGUUUGUUACUUUUCUGUUCUGAAGCAUUGGCUUCUUUUGAUAUAUGUACGAUGAAGACUGGUGGUCUAUUUUGAUGUGUAGAAUGGUUGAAAUGUGACGGAAGAACUUUUCAGCUUCCCAGUCUUGAUAAGGGACUUGAAGUAUAUUUGGAUCCAUAAAAAUAAAUGUAAAUCAGAAACCAGGAAGCUGUAUUCUGUUCUGACUGUGGUUUCAACUGACCUUUUCCUUUGAAAACGUAAGGACCAAAGAAUUCAGUUCUUGUGUAGCGUGAAGAAAAUAAAACAGACUUUUGUGAUUCUAAGUGCCUGAAAAAACAACCGACAUCUUAAAGUAGUUUGAUCUGUAAAUGAAAGAACUGUAUUUGAAUCUAUUUCACCCAGGUUACUGUACAUUUCUAUAUCCAGGGUCAGGGUGUUUCCUUUUCAGAUAAUAAAACAUUUCAAUGGAAA